AGUUCGACGCCCUCUCCGCCGACCGAGCAGAUUCCACCCACGCAGCAUUCGACGCCCUCUGCACCGCCCACCGAGUCUACCACGCCGUCGACCAAGCCGAUACGGUCGCAGUUCUGGCCCUGGGCGCUGCUCCGAGACACUGGGAGCCUGACCGUUGAGACGAAACGCCGGUGU